ACUAUCACGCACGCAGGUGACUGGAUGUCGGAGCCGGCAGAGAGGAAUACUACUACUCGUAGUACGGUACCACACCGGAAACGGUCGGCAGUCAGUCGAGCCCGCCGCAGUGCAAAUCACGGAUUUUACCACCGUCGUCUCGUCAGAACCGGCAACACACGAAAGGCGGCGUGCCCCGCUCCCUCCCUCCUCGGCCACCACGCACCCAGCCAGUUGGCCCCGCACCCCACGCUCGCGCCCGCCCGCCCACUUCUCCGUCCCAAGGCCAAACCCUCAAAUCCCCCGCCCGCGCCAACCCAAUCCCGCCCACCACCACACGCCCGCCUAUGCUGCCCCGGCGCCGGCGCGCGCCCAACAAGAAGACGCGGCACCACCCGCGCCGCGCUCACAACCUCCCAUGAGGGACGACGACGACGACAAAGCCGGCAAGAAGAAGUCGUCGUCACGCGACAAGGCGCGGCGGCCGCGCGCGGACGGGGGGAUGCGCAUCGUGGUGCCGCUGCAGGGGGUUGUGCAGGGCCGGGGCGGCCUCGUGCUCGGCUCCCUCAUCCCCUGCGCCCUCUUCUACUUCCUCCAGCUCUACAUCAAGCGCAACCGUCCCCCGCACCCGCCGCGCCCUGGAUCCCGCGGCUCUUCCUCCACCAACGCCAACUCCACGACGACCUCCCCUAUCCACCGCUCCCUCUCCCGUGGCAUCCUCUCGCCGCGCGCCGCGCUCCCGGCGCUCUCCGCCCGCGGCGCCGUCGUGCGCGCCGGGGACGAGGACUCCCUCUACUACGCCGGCCUCCGCCGAUGCGCCGACGACCCCUACCACCCGGCAUCCAACCCCGACGGACUCAUUAACCUCGGCCUCGCCGAGAACCACCUGUCGCUGGAUUUGGUUGGGAGGUGGAUGGAGGAGCACGCGGGGGCGGCGAUGCUGGAGGGGAUGACGGGAGGAGGGGAGGAGGAGAGGGACCUCACCAUCAGGGGGCUCGCCACCUACCAACCGUACGACGGCAUACUUGCCUUGAAGAUGGCUCUUGCCGGAUUUAUGAGGCAAAUCAUGCAAGAAUCAGUAUCCUUUGAUCCAUCUCAAAUGGUGAUAACCUCUGGUGCGACUCCUGCAAUGGAAAUACUGAGUUUCUGUCUAGCUGAUCCAGGAAAUGCAUUUCUUGUCCCGUCACCAUACUACCCUGGUUGGGACAGGGACAUAAAAUGGCGAACUGGUGUUGAGUUGAUACCUGUUCCUUGCCGUAGCACUGACAACUUCAACAUUAGUAACACUGCUCUAGAAAUAGCUUACAAACAGGCAAAGAAGCGAGGAGUAAGGGUUCGUGGUGUUCUCAUAUCCAACCCUUCCAACCCUACAGGAGGCAUUGUCCCCAGGGAAACACUGCAUGAUCUUCUAGAGUUUGCUGCAGAGAAGAACAUUCACUUAAUUUCUGAUGAAAUAUUUGCUGGUUCAACAUAUGGAAGUGAUAAAUUUGUCAGUGUGGCAGAGGUUGUGGAUGAGCUAGAAGGCUUUGAUAAAGGCCGGGUGCACAUCAUAUAUGGACUCUCGAAAGACCUAUCUCUUGCAGGGUUUCGAGUUGGAGUGAUAUAUUCCUACAAUGAAAACAUUGUGGCAGCUGCUGCUAAGAUUGCUAGAUUCUCAUCUGUUUCAACUCCGACUCAACGCCUGCUUGUUUCGAUGCUUUCAGACGAAAAGUUCAUUUCAGAAUACCUAAAAAUUAACAGAGACAGACUCCGGAAAAUGUACCUUUUGUUUGUAGAUGCUUUGAAACAAGUGGGGAUUGAGUGCUUCAAGAGCAGUGGAGGGUUCUAUUGCUGGGCAGACAUGAGCAGGUACAUCCGGUCUUAUAGUGAGAAAGGAGAGCGCAUGCUUUGGGACAGGCUGUUGGAAGAGGCAAAGGUCAAUGCUACUCCAGGUUCAUCUUGCCACUGCAUUGAGCCUGGAUGGUUCAGGUGUUGUUUCACAACAUUGAGUGAGCAGGACAUCCCUGUCUUGGUGAAAAGGCUCAGGAGGGUUACAGAUACCCACAAAUUAAACCGUUGAAAGAGUAGGCUCUCCUUUCGAACUUAUGGGUAUUGAAAUAACUACAUCUUGCCGGAUGCUCCACAAUGGGAUGCAGGGGCACUCAGGAAAAAAUGGUACAGUCCAUUACGUUUCGGUCAUAGAAAUCCGGUCUUCUUGCCAUUGGAGCUGACGGUUGGUAGAAGCAUGGUGGAACACAGAAUGGGAUUCUGGAAACAUGUUCGUAUCAAAAGCGUGCCCACUGUUCCUGAGAAACUGUCAUGCUUCAGCAAUUUGGAUGGUUAUACCUUUGCUGAUCUCAGCUGCUUCUCCUGUAGGUUCUUCAGAUGGGAAAUUGCCAUUCUGUUGAUGGUUCGAGCCAAACCUUUCGUUCAUUCUUGUUUUGCUUUUCUUUUCCUUUCCUUUUGGUUCUUUGAUGAGAUAAGUUAGUGGUCAGGUUUGUUUGUAAUUUGUAAAGAAAGCAACAGUUCCUGCCUGUGCCAGGGUUUUGGACGCAGCUCAUCCGUUGUUUAAAAGUGAUCUAUUUUUUGGGGGGGCUCAA